AUAAACCUUUUUUGAGAGUGUUGUAAAUUUUGUGUUUCUUUGGAGAUCCCAAAGAUAAUUACUAUCGGAUUUGGCUCAAUCUUACUCUUAAAAAUAUUAGACAAGUAGGUAAAGAUGUCACACCAAAAACCCUGAAGCCUUGGACAAAGUGCAAAACAAUGUAACAGAUUUCCAUAAUGUAUCAUACAUUUUUCACAGAGGGGGCCAUUUUUAUUUUUACCAACAGCUGUUUAACCAGGAAGGGAUGCCACCUUUAGCUGGAGCCGAGUUGGUCCACACUCCAUUGCAGCUGUAUCGAUACCUGCUCAGGUGCUGCAGGCAGUUACCGUCCACAGCAAUGCAACAACACUAUCGACAUGCCAUAAGACAGGGUUACAACAGCCACUCAGACGAAGACGACCCGGAGAGGAUACAGAUGAUCAUCCAGAGAGCGAUUGCAGAUGCUGACUGGAUUCUGGAUAAACGUAAUGUUCAUGUCGUUUGUCGUUCACAGUAUACCAAGAUGAAGUGACAGCGUGUCCACGGCGGUGCAGGGCUGUCCUGGAGUCACACCGGUGAAGGUGCCGUCCCGUCUGCGAGUGCUCCGGGUGUUUUUUUGAAAGAUGACCAAUGACUCGCUGUAAAUACUGUUCUCAACCUGUGCCAUUAAAUGUGCAAUUAUGAACUUA